UUUCUUUUUCUCCUUCACAUGUGUAUAAAAAAUGGAGAGUAACCACGAUAUUGUACAUCAUGUGCAAGAACAUGAAGAUUAUAGCUCCUUGACGCGCGUCGUUGUGAUUUGCUUGGACGAAGAAACUUGCGAAUCAGUGUUCCAAUGGUCUGUGCAUAACUUCAUCAAUCCGCAACUGGAUAUGGUUAUUCUAGUCAACGUGCGACCCAGCGAACAUUUCACAACCCCAUACGGAAACCAAACAGACUAUCUGAUAAAAAUUGCGGAGAGACACAGAGAUGAAAGUCAUGCUCUAUUGAAGAAAUACGGCGCGCAACUGACAGCAAAGAAGAUUGCUUGCAAAGCCAUUUCAAUGCACGGUGAUGCACAGUAUGAAAUCGUGUCAAAGGUGCAGGAAGUAAAAGCCGACGUGGUCAUUGUCGGAUCUCACGGAUCUGGCUUUCUCAAACGGACUCUGAUAGGGAGUGUCAGCCAAUACUGCGUAAAUCAUUGCGAUUGCACUGUGAUAGUGGCCAAAGUUCCUCAGACCACCCCGCAAGACACCUCAUCAACAACAUGAUUGUACCUU